UAUUACAAGUCUGAGCUAAUGCCUGUCUUCCUCUGGCUCUCUCCCGCGCUCGGCUCCAUCCUCUCCUUCAAGUUCAAAUCCAUACAAGUUUCCAUACAAGUAACAUAUAACUCCAAGAGCGCCUUGCCUUUUUGCGCCGUUUGCUCUGCUUCUGCUUCCCCAUUCUUGCUUGGCGUCCUACCAAAGACAACAUGCCACCUGCUUCAGGAACUGAUUAUAAUCCAACGCUCAAUAUCGAUGUCCCAUUGUAACUUGAUAAAUAUGGAUGCCUGUCUUCCAUCUUCAGCACCCACCUGAUAUCUAAUCCCCCCGAUCUCUUCCUCUUCUCCUGAAGAAAUCCAUGACCUUUCUCGCCGCCCCAGAGCUCCCCGCAUGGUCAAUGUGUGGUGGGCC